UGCUCCGACCUUGCCCCGCCAUUGCAGCGGCGCCGACGGGCGCGGGAGUCCGAGUGGGUAGCGGCGGUGUCGUGGUGCUUUAGCUAGCUUAUUAGCAUUUACUCAGCAUAAGACCAAACCUCCUUAAAAUAUACACCGCAUUUACACUAUGAAGACAUAUGAUAACAUUAGUUUGGGUUAUUUUUUUGUUUAAAAUACAUAGUUGGACAAUUUUCUUCGGUUCGCUCCGGGUGACGCGCACCGACUCGGUGGCCGUCCGUCCGAGCGGCGGGUUGACGCGGUCACUCGGCGUUCUCAGUUCUGCUGCCCGCUGAAGCCCUCGAGGCUAAAAAUAAGCGUUUAAUUUCCCGUCUUUUUUUUUGACGCAGCCUGCCUACCAAAUCCGCGAGGCGAUACUCUUUCGCCAUGGUUUGGCACAAAGCAAAACAAGACCGCUGGACAAGUUAAUUCGUGGACGGACGUCCAAACGCAGCUAGCACCUCAAGCUAAUUCAGCGAGUUAAAAUUAAGAAAGAAAGCCUCGCUAACUGUUAUUUACAUGUCAGACUUAGUUUUAAAACCACACUACUCUUCUGUUGUUCGUCCAUGAGUAGUGUUUACCACCUGCCUUUAGCCCCAAGGGGCUUUUGCUGAGGUAAUCCAAGUUAAGUAGAGGUCUGUUUUUACCAUAAGCCCCCUUUAUACUCCCUGGAAGACCCGGCAAACAACCCUUUUCUGAUUUGCCACUGACAUGGAAGUCGACCUGACAAUUUGCCAUCUUCGAAUGCAGUAUCGGAAACCCUUUUCGCUUGGAAAGCCUGUUAAAUUCCAGAAUCAGAAUAAACACAGGAUAUCUAGCAUCAAUCACUUUGUGCCUUUCUCACGGAACGCAGCAAAGAGACAAUUGAAGAAACUGACGCCCUUUCCACACCACCAGAAAAGCGUGGACGCCUGCCAUAGCAGCUCAAGUGUUCACUGAGAGGGGAAACGUGCUCAGAUCAAAGACGGCCUGCGACUACUGAGAAGGACCUCUGUGUAGGUUCACGCUGGCCGCAGAGGAGGAGGAGCAGUUUCCUGAUCCAUGGAGAAUUAUUUCCAGGCCGAGGCUUUCAACUUGGACAAGGUGCUGGACGAGUUUGAGCAGAACGAAGAUGAGACUGACUCCCCUCUCUUCACGGAUGCCAAGUGGACCCAGAUUCUAGCACCACCUGCCCACCUGCUCUCUUUGAACCCCGCCCUGGCCCACGCUGACCUCAGCCCCCAGGAGAGUCUGCAGCCACUGAAGACUCUCCCCGAUCCCAAAAGACCUACCGGCGGUGAGCCGGCCGAUGUCCACAGCCCACCCCUGCCGCAGCCCAACAUCGGCAAACUGGUGGGGACGGACAGCCGUUCGCCGCUGUCCGUCACGGCCUGCAAGGAGCAGCACGGGGACGCCUCCGCCGCGUCCUGCUUCACCUUCGAGGUGGGACUAGAGCAAGAAGGGAAUCCCUCUGAGAAGGUUCAUCCACACGUGAAGCCGGCUACUUUGAAUGGAGAAGGCAGUUCGCCGUAUUCUGAGCAAGAAAGACAAAGUGGCGAGCAGGUAGAACGUUUUCUAAAUGGAGGAGUGGGUAGAGACUCUGUGUCCAGACCUCAGUCUGAGCAGCUCCUUUCCAACGGUUUACAACACGAGAAUGAGAGCCGACUAAAUGUCCGGGAGGAGGAAGAGGAGGGGAGGCUCUCUCCCUCACCCGUGCCGUCCAAGGAAGACUCUGUGACGGAGGAGAAGGAGAUGGAGGAGAGCAAGCAGGAGAGCGGUGAAGGGGCAGCGUCAGGCGGCGUUAUUGCGAAACUGAACAACAGCCGCCUACAACCUGUCAGCGUCCCAUACGGUGGGGCGCGACCCAAGCAGCCUGUCAGCCUCAAACUCCAAAUCCCACAGCCCCUUGUGGGCCAAGUGCAGAACCAGCUGAGUAGCAAGAACAAGAACCUGGAUAACCGCAGGGGGACGCCGCCCGAACCGACGCUCGGCGGGACCGAGGUGACUUCGGCGGUGAACGGCGUCACGGUCCUCCCCACUUCUGCCCUUGCUUUGUCCUCGGAGAGUCCGGACAACGACCUUCAGGCAGGACAGCACGGCUCCCUCAGUGGGAAGUCCCCAAGCCCGCUGGGCAAGGUGGCCCCGGUGUGGGUGCCUGACUCACAGGCCCCCGUCUGCAUGAGGUGCGACGCCAGGUUCACUUUUACCAAGAGGAGGCACCACUGCAGGGCCUGUGGCAAGGUCUUCUGUGCCACGUGCUGCGGCCUGAGAUGCAAACUGGUGUACAUGGACGGGAAGGAGGCUCGCGUCUGCGUCACCUGUCAUUUGGCCCUAACCAGCGCUCCGACGUCGUCGGAUUCUCAUCUCACAGCUGGCAACAACCACAGUCCCAACCCCAACAACCCAGCCGAGUACUGCUCUACCAUCCCUCCCCUGCAGCAGGCCCAGGCCUCGGGCGUGCUCGGCUCGCCCCCGCCCACUGUCAUGGUGCCGGUGGGCGUCCUCAAGCCACCUGGCAACGAGGGAUCUGUCACACGGGACCAGAAAAAGGUGUGGUUCGCGGAUGGCGUCCUACCAAAUGGCGACGAGGCAGAGUCCCCCAAAACUCCCGUGCCCACGCAACGCACCGGCAUCUCGACAAAUGCAAGCAAAACCUCCGGAUCGGACGCUGCAGGGGCCACCCCUAACCCCAUGGGUCCAGUGGGCAGCCCAGUGGGUAGUGCCCUCAGCUUGAUCCCGGAGGACGGGCUCCCUCCCAUCCUCAUCUCCACCGGAGUCAAAGGAGGUACGGGAGGCCACAUCACAGACUAUGCAGUGGAGGAGCGUCCCUCAGCGAUGGUCCUCAUGCAGCAGCUGGAGGAGGGAGGCCCUGAACCGCUGGUCUUUGUCCUCAACGCCAACCUUCUCGCUAUGGUCAAGCUCGUCAACUAUGUCAACAGGAAGUGCUGGUACAUGACGACAAAGGGCAUGCAUGCUGUUGGCCAGGCCGAGGUUGUGGUUCUGCUCCAGUGUCUACCUGAGGAGAAGGCCAUCCCAAAGGACAUCUUCAAACACUUUGUACAUCUUUACCAGGAGGCCCUCAGUGGAAACGUGCUGGGCCACCUGAGCCACUCCUUCUUCACGCAGAGCUUCCUGGGCAGCAGGGAGCACGGCGGCUUCCUCUAUGUUAGCCCCUCCUUCCAGUCCCUGCAGGACCUGCUGCUGCCCAACCCGCCCUUCCUCUUCGGCGUACUCAUCCAAAAAUGGGAGACACCCUGGGCUAAGGUCUUCCCCAUCCGCCUCAUGCUACGGCUGGGUGCCGAGUACCGAUUUUAUCCGUGCCCGCUCUUCAGCGUGCGCUUCCGGAAACCGCUCUUUGGCGAGACUGGCCACACCAUCAUGAAUCUGCUGGCAGACUUCCGCAACUACCAGUAUGCAUUGCCGAUGGUGAAAGGCCUGGUAGUGGACAUGGCAGUUAAGAAGACGAGCAUAAAAAUCCCCAGCAAUCGCUAUAAUGAGUUGAUGAAGGCCAUGAACAAGUCCAAUGAGCACGUGCUCGCAAUGGGCGCGUGCUUUAACGAGCGCGCCGACUCUCAUCUGGUGUGCGUGCAGAACGACGACGGAAACUACCAGACGCAGGCCAUCAGCAUCCAUCAUCAGCCGCGCAAAGUGACCGGCGCUUGUUUCUUUGUGUUCAGUGGUGCCCUGAAGGCCUCGUCGGGUUUCUUGGCCAAAACUAGCAUUGUAGAAGAUGGUGUGAUGAUCCAGAUCACAGCAGAGACCAUGGAUGCUUUACGGCAAGCGCUGAAGGACAUGAAGGACUUCACCAUCACGUGCGGCAAAGCCGAGCAAGAGGACAACCAGGAGCAGGUGCAUGUCCAGUGGACGGAUGACGACCAUGACUUCAACAAGGGUGUCAUCAGUCCGAUCGACGGCAAGUCGAUGGAGUCCAUUGCCAGCGUGAAGAUCUUCCAUGGCUCUGAAUUCAAGGCCAACGGCAAAGUGAUCCGCUGGACGGAGGUGUUUUUCCUUCGGAGUGACGACCAGCCCAAUGGCCUGAGCGACCCAGCCGACCACAGCCGCCUGACAGAGAAUGUGGCGCGGGCCUUCUGCAUGGCAUUGUGCCCGCACCUCAAGCUGCUCAAGGAGGACGGUAUGGCCAAGCUGGGCCUGCGCGUCACACUUGACUCGGACCAGGUGGGCUACCUGGCAGGAAGCAAUGGGCAGCCACUUCCUCCUGCGUACCUGAGCGACCUGGACAAUGCGCUAAUUCCCGUCAUUCACAGCGGCGCCUGCCAGCUCAAUGAGGGCCCUGUGGUCAUGGAGCUGGUUUUCUACAUCCUAGAGAUCAUCUCGUAAAAACUCAAGGCGACUUUUCCAAGCGUGAGUUAAGUCCGUUUUGGCCAUCGGGUGGCGUUAUGUAGCUCCAAAGACUUAUGGCCAUGCACUUGGACCUUGCUGACUGCAACAGAUGCACCGGAUGCCCUUUUUAAAAUAUUUUUUUUUCUCUCCUGCACACGGUGCUCAGUGCCUGCUUUUUUUGUUUGAUCUCAUCGCUAAAGCUUUACUCCUCAAUCACCACACGCAUUGACUCUAUGUACAUUUUGUGUGUGUGGGUGUGCGUGUGCGCGCGGGCUGGCAGAAGAAGCAGCUUGUAGCCUCCUGAGAUUACACAAAAAAAAAAAAAUAACAAUAAGAACAAUAUUGGUGAAUAGAGUACAGUUUCUGAUGGAUUAUUACUCAUCAACCAUUUGGAGGGAAAAAACGAGACAAACACUGUUUCGGUGAUGUUUUAAUCACAAAUGCGUAAAAAUACAAAAUUACACACACAUACACGUAUAAUGCAGAAACCGUGCACUGGAUUCUAAGCCAUCUCUAGGAGUGUUUGUGAAGACAAAACUUGAAUGUAGAGUAGUUCACAGCAAGUUUGUCUGCCCUGCGACAUGGACCUGGCUGAGAAUGUAUCCCUUCUCUUUUUUGUGUUUUUCUGUACAGUCUCCAUCUUACUAUUAGUCCCUAUGAAGGAUUUUAUUCAAGCCAAAUUGUCGUUAGAAUCUCCACUCUUCGAGACAAUCAGGUGCUUACUCACAUCUGCUGUUUCAAACUAACUUGCAUACAGUACAGUAUGUCCACUCAAAUCAUCCCGAAUUAGAAAGAGCAUGGAGCACUUUUUUGUCUAUUUCUUUGCAUGCCUGCACAGUCUGAAACCAUUAAGGGAUAAGAAAGGUCAGCUUUGCAUUAUGUUCAAAAAUAUUUUUCUAUGAUCAUAAAUAUCCAUUAAAAAGUUCCAAAGCCCUGUAUAGCCCCUACCCUUCACAAUAAAUAUAAACAAAUAUCAUAUAAAUAUUACCUACUCCAAAAUUGAGUAGUUUGUCAAAUAAAUGUAAAACAAA